AUGGUGCGUUAUUCAUGGGUUCUCCUAUUUAUCAACGCAAUUAGCAGUUUUUAUUACAAUCCGAUACUUUAUGUUCCAAAGUAUCAUGACUUCCUAGAACAUCAAUCAAAUCUAACAAAAGACUUGUUUAAUGGUUAUGAUGCAACGGUUUCUCCAAUAUAUACAAAAAUUGAUCCAACCAAACCGAUUGGUUUUGAUCCGGACGCUCCGAAACGGUGGAAUUAUACUAUAAUGUUAUACUCCUUGAAACUAGUGGAAGUCAUUGAACCGGAAGAAAAAGUUUCUGUAGUUAUGGAGGUCAUAGAGUUCUGGUAUGACCCGAGACUCACUUGGAACGAAAGUCUUUAUGAUGACAUUUAUGGGUUUUUCACCCGUCAGAGUAAUGUGUGGAGUCCAACUUUGUCAGCGUUUGGAGUGAAUGAUCUCAUUGAUUUUCGUGAUCAAGAUUUUCGAGUUGUCCGUGUGAAUAGCGACGGAAUGAUAUAUGACUACAUAUCAGUUCGUGUAUCGGCAAACUGCCCUAUGAAUGUUUACAAGUUUCCUUUCGACUCGCAAAUCUGUCAAAUCAGAUUUUGUCUUCCUGUGUUUAACUACGGAGAAGUGGAAAUUAUAAAUAGAAUUUAUCCAGGGUUACUCAAGUCAGAGGUCUGGAAAACUAUGGGAAAUUCCGAAUGGAAGCUCACCAACUUGACAAAUCGGGUUGAUACUCUACGGUACGACGAUGGAUUUGGAAAUUUGGAAUUAGGAGUUUUUGAAAUAACUAUCCGAAGAAAUCCAUUGUAUUACAUAUAUAUGAUAAUUUUUCCUACAUUCAUCAUUAAUGCAAUUUCCAUAAUUGGAGUGUUUAUUAAAGGUGCGGACAAGAUGUCAAGGCUCAACGUUGGUCUCACUAACAUUAUGACCAUGACAUUCAUUCUUGGAGUAAUGGCUGAUAAAAUUCCAAGAACUGGUACAGUUCCAAUGCUCGGGGUUUACAUAAUUGUAAACCUUGUCAUCAUGAUUAUUGCAAUAUCAAUCAUAACUGGAAUCACUGAGUUUCGUCGAUGGGUGACGCCGAUCUUAAAAAGAAGGAAGGCAAAGUUUAGCACGAAACUCGAAACGUUUUUGGGUACACCACUGGAGUACACAUGUGCUGUUCUUCUGGAGUUGAUGACAGUUGCAAUAUUUGCAAUUAUGAUCGGAUUUUGGAUUUUUGAAAAAUAA